CGAGCGCUCCCGCGUUUUCUCCGCGCAUGCGCAGCGCGGCGCACGCGGGGGCCCGUCGGGGGUCACGCGCAGAGACGCGGGGGCGCGCGCAGUAGCGGAGCAGCGCGAUCUUCCGAGCAGAAGGAUUAUCGGGAAUCAUGAGCGUGGGAAAACUGGCAGUGGUGUGUGUGCUAGCGCUGGCUGUGUGUGAGGCGUAUGUGUUUCAGGCCAAUCAGUCGUCAGGAGAGGUGGAGGUCACUCCUCCACAGAUCAGAGAUUUCUCGGGCUCCUGUAAGGGCCGUUGUUUCGAGCUGAAGGAGGCGGAGCCGCCGAGCUGCAGGUGUGAUAAUCUGUGUAAGACGUACCUGAGCUGCUGCUCCGACUUCGACGAACAGUGCCUCAAGACGGCUGGAGGGUUCGAGUGUUCCCGGGAGCGCUGUGGUGAGGUCAGGAACGAGGAUUACGCCUGUCACUGUUCAGAAGACUGUCUGCAGAGAGGAGACUGCUGUACCAACUACAGAUCACUGUGCAAGGGUGACAGUUCCUGGCUGGAGGGUGACUGUGAGGAGAUUCAGAGCCCAGAAUGCCCUGCAGGGUUUGUCCGUCCUCCUCUCAUCAUCCUCUCUCUGGACGGUUUCCGCGCCUCCUACAUGAAGAAAGGGAAGAGCGUCUUACCUAACAUCCACAAACUGAGCUCGUGUGGAACACACUCUCCUCACAUGAGACCCAUGUACCCGUCCAAAACCUUCCCCAACCUCUACACACUGGCCACGGGCUUGUAUCCCGAGUCUCACGGGAUCGUGUGUAACUCCAUGUAUGAUCCUGUGUUCAAAGCUCAUUUCAGACUGAGAGGACGAGAGAAGCUCAAUCACCGCUGGUGGGGAGGGCAGCCUAUUUGGAUCACAGCAGAGAAACAGGGCGUGAAGGCUGGGACGUUCUUCUGGCCCUGGGUGAUUCCUCUGGAGCGGAGGAUCCUUACUAUCCUGCGAUGGCUGCACCUGCCUGAUGACGAGAGGCCGUAUGUCUAUGCUGCCCACUCAGAGCAGCCGGACACGUACGGACACAUCCUGGGUCCAUUGAGCAACGAGCUGGACAACACUCUCAGGAAGAUCGAUAACAUCAUCGGUCAGCUGAUGAACGGCCUGAAACAGAUGAACCUCCAUCGCUGUGUGAACGUCAUCCUGGUGGGCGAUCACGGGAUGGAGGAGUCUCACUGUGAACGAACAGAGUAUUUGGGCUCUUACGGUCUGGAUGUUGAUGCUAUCACACUGAUCCCAGGAUCUUCUGGAAGAAUCGGCCCCAAAAACUCCAGCACACCCUAUGAUCCAAAGGAGAUCGUAGCUAAUCUAACAUGUAAGAUGCCCAAUCAACACUUCAAGCCGUACCUGAAGCAGCACCUGCCCAAACGACUGCAUUACGCCAACAACAGACGCAUCGAGGACGUGCACCUGCUCAUGGACAGGAAGUGGCAUGUGGCCAUAUCUCCAGCUACCUGCGGCUUCUUUGGAGAUCACGGCUUUGACAACAAGAUGAGCAGCAUGCAGACGAUCUUUCUAGGAUUUGGACCGAGCUUCAAUUUCAAGACAGAAGUGCCUGUUUUUGAGAACAUCGAGCUGUAUAACGUGAUGUGUGAUCUGCUGGGUUUGACCCCGGCUCCUAAUAAUGGGACUCACGGCAGUCUGAACAGUGUCUUGAGGAGCCCUCCCUACACCCCCACACAGCCAGAGGAAGUGACAUCACCCACGCCUUUAGCCCCGCCCUCUGAGGUGACCUAUGACCUGGGCUGUAACUGUGAUGAUGAGAACAACAUUGAAGAAAGUUCCCAGAGGUUCCCAUCUGCUGCUGAUGGACUGCUGAACAAUGUCACACACCUGCCUUUUGGCCGUCCAGCUGUUCUCUUCCAGACGUCUUACACACAGCUGUGUCACUCGGAUUACUGCAGUGGAUACAGUCACGUCAUCAACAUGCCGCUGUGGAGCACCUUCACACUCACAGCACAGGUGGAGGUUCCAGCUGUGUCGUCCAGAGAGUGUGUGAGAUCAGACCCUCGUCUCGAUCACACACACACAUGUAACUCGUACAGCCAGGAGCCGGACGUCACACACGCUUUCCUCUAUCCUCCGGAUUUCUCCGUUACAUCUGAAUCCAGAUACGAGGCUUCACUCAUCACAAACACCGUUCCCAUGUAUCCCGCCUUCAAGAGGGUGUGGAGUUUCCUGCAGAGAGACGUCCUCAAAAGAUACAGUAUGGAAAAUAACGGCAUAAAUGUGAUCAUGGGACCUAUAUUUGACCAUGACUACGACGGACUGAGAGACACGGAGGAGAAGAUCAAAGAGACGGCGCAGGGCUCCGUCUUCAUCCCCUCUCACUUCUACAGCAUCAUCAGCAGCUGUGAGAAACUCAACGAGACGCUGGACGAGUGUGACGGAGAUCUGAGAGUCACCUGCUUCAUCCUGCCUCAUAGAGCGGACAACAGCGAGAGCUGCAACAGCUGGGAGGACGAGUCUCGCUGGGCCGAGGAUCUUCUGAAGCUUCACACGGCUCGGGUCAGAGACGUGGAGCUGCUGACCGGUCUGGACUUCCUGCGCUCCACCGGGCUGCUCUACACGCGCGUGCUGUCGCUCAAAACACACCUGAGGAGCUUCGAGGACCACGUCUAGCCCACGCUUCCACUGUAUAGUUUUAUGCACUGUGUCAUAUUUAUUAUUCACCUUCAAGCUAAUAACGGCGAGGGCGACUCGCGUCUGGAAAGCUGUGUUCAUGAAUCAGCGCACGCUCUCACAUCCUUCAGAAACCCACACCUGUGCAGCAUCAUUAAAAAAACAAAAAAAACAUUUAAUAUAGCAGUAGAGUGUAGUUUUUUUAGAAUCGUCUAUUUUUAGUAUCAUAAUGCAAGAUUAAUCAGAAAAGCAAAGUGAAGGUUAAAGUUAGACGCUAUCAUACAGAGCCAAAUAAAAACCCGUUUGAUACGCAUGUGUCUGCACAACAACUUUUAACGGCAGGGUUGCAUUUCUAGAGCAUUUAUUAAUCUCGUACGGCAAAAUAUGAUUUCCUUCCUUCCUUUUUUGAAUGUUCUCCGCUCUAAACCUUUAUAGGUAACACUUUACAAUCAGUUUGAUGAGUUAUCAUGAACCGUGACCCAUACUUCUACAGCUUUUAUUCAUCUUAAUGUUCAUUUCAGCAUCUACUAAUGCUUUAUUAAAAUCACAAUCAUCAAUUAAUGCACUGUAAACAAACAUGAAUAAACAGUGAACGGCAGCCUUGUCAUUAAUGUUAAGCAGUGUAAUAAAUGCCUUAUUAAUACGUGAAUGUUAGCUAAAGACGUCUUACUGUAAAGCGUUACCGUUUAUAAAAUAAGAUGCAUUUACAUGUGAUGAAAAAGUCUGAAAGAGUUUUAACUUUUAAAAUUUUCGCUCAUUUAAACGAUUCUUAAAAAUGAAAUGAAAAUUGAAAAACUGGAAAAAGAGUGAAAUACUGAGGAAGAACAUCUCUUUUGAAAAUAAUCUCUUAAUGAUUGAUGGAGCUGACGUGAACUAUCAGUUUUAUUCUUAAUAACUAACAUGACCUUCAAGGAAUACUGUUAGUGAAGUAUUGCUCAUUAGUUAGUUAAUAUUAGUUAAAGCUUAAACGCUCACCAGCUGAAAGGAGUUUCUUCUAAAUCUUCGUAGAAUCCUGCUUUUAUCUGUUGAUUGCUCAGAUAGAGAGGAUGUGAUCGCUCCGGGUCAUCAUUCAGUAGUUGUGCUAAUUAUGACGUGCAUGAACACUGUGUGUGUGUGUGUGUGUGUGUGUGUGUGUGUGUGUGUGUGUGUGUGUGUGUGUGUGUGUGUGUGUGUGUGUGUGUGCGUGUGUGUGUGUGUGUGUGUGUGCGCGUGUGUGUGCGUGCUCUGGGUCUCUCUUUAGUGUGAAAAUGUGAGAGACGGGUGAAAGCUGAAUUAGUGUGUGUUCAGUGAAGAUGAAUCUGUUUCCUGUCGGCAGCAGAGGGUCAUGUGACCCACGAGUGAUGCUCUCUGACUAACGAGUGUCCUUAAUCAUUUCAUUCCAUCAAUAAAAAAUCAACAAAA